AUGGCGAGAGGAUCCUUGACCUGCAAACGUCCGGCUGCUCGUCUUCUUCUGGCCGUUGGCCUGCUCGCCCUCGCGGGAUCGUUCGUGUUCGGCAUAGACAGAGAGUAUGUGCCUCGCGGUGGCGAGAGGGAGAGGAAUGGGUACAAUACCGGCGCCAAAUGCAGUCGAGCCGCUUUAGAGAACAAGAACAAGAACAAGAACAAGAAGAAGAAGAAGAAGAAGAAGAAGAAGAAGAAGAAGAAGAAGAAGAAGAAGAAGAAGAAGAAGAAGAAGAAGAAGAAGAAGAAGAAGAAGAAGAAGAAGAAGAAGAAGAAGAAGAAGAAGAAGAAGAAGAAGAAGAAGAAGAAGAAGAAGAAGAAGAAGAAGAAGAAGAAGAAGAAGAAGAAGAAGAAGAAGAAGAAGAAGAAGAAGAAGAAGAAAAGGGCUUCCCUCUGUGGCAAGCUCAAUCCAGCGGUUGACGAGGCCCCAGAGCCUAGUAUAUGUUAA